ACGCGCGAUUCACUGAUGCCUCGCGCCGCGCCCUCCUGCACGCCCUUCCGCCUGCUCGCCGUCGCCGUGCUCUCGCUGCUGCACCUCCGCCUCUUCCUCGCGCGCUACUUCCCCCACCCCCCCGCACCCUUCCGCGAUUGCCCCGAUACCGCCGCGGACGUCGCCGCGUUGCGGUCAACCCUCCGCAAGUGCCAGGGGGAGCUCGUGCGCCGCCGGCAGGUUGCGCGGAGUGCUUAUAACGAUGCCUCGGCGGCCGGAGAGGAUCUGGACGAGCGGUGGCUCGCGGAGAGCGCAGUCUCCGCCGUGACUCUCGGCGCUGGGGCCGGCGGGGAGGGCGGCGCAGGUUUGCUUUCCGCGGAGUACGCGCGGAGGCGGGACGCGCAUCUGACUCGCUUGCGCGCGGACAGGCUGAGCGUGUGCGGCGCGUCUGACGCGGAGCUGAAGCAGUUCCUGCGCUUCUCUCCGCACGCCACGUGUCCCGACGACUGGGAGCUCGCCCACCGCCUCCGCUUCUCCGACCACUGCCACGUCAUCCCUCCCCGCGCGUGCCUCUCCGCCAUCCCCCCUGACCCCGUGGAGCCCCCGCCACAUCCGGAGGCGCUGUGGACGCCGCUGGACGGGCGCAGCGUGCGGUGGGAGCGCUACGGCUGCGCUGACGUGGCCCGCUGCUGCUGAUGCUGCAGCUGUAGCGGCUGUAGCUCGAGAGGUCAACUCAAGCCUGGACCCCCUA